AUGGUGACGCGGGGACUGACUGUGGGGUUGCUGGCAUGUGCGAUCCUCUCGGAGUGGUGCAGCGCCUAUUGUCGCUUUGAUGGGUGUGAUGGGUAUCGCUCUUUCAGUCUCGACACCGACGAUGGGCUGGCGACAGGGCGUACCAGAACCUGGCAACUCCGCAAGCCAUGGGUGGUGCCGUAUCCAGAAGGCCAUUGCGUGGUUAACAGCGGCGGCGUGCUGGUCUGCACCAGCUCUCGGGGCGGGCCUGGGUGGGACAACCGCUCUGUGCCUGGACUUGUGGCCUUUGACCCAGAGGGACAUCCGCUGUGGAACUCGACAGACAUCUUCAACACCAGCGCCCUGCCCAUUGCCGACCUGAACGGGAAUGUCUUUGCCUCGGACGGCUUUAACCUAGUGGCUUUGGCCAGUACAGGCCAGCCGCUGGGCCCACCGGCCCUAAUCUCCCCCAACAUGGGCAACCUGCACUCCCUGGCCGCCACACACAACAACGUCUUUGUCUUGCCCUCAACGGACCGUGACGUCGCCACCUAUCUCACCAACGGAGUGCCCUUGGGCUCCAUGUGGCUCAACGCAACGGUUGAUGGCUGCCAUGGCACAUAUACGGCCACCCAGUCUGCACUGGUCAGCGGCUUCCGGGCCGUCUUUCCGACCCAAUUUCGUCCGGACAACGCCUCGUGCACGGUGGCGCAGGCAGAUUGCCGCCUCUUUGCCAUCGACAUCUACCGCCGUCUCGUUGGCAAGAUGAUCCAAGCCUGGAACGUGUCCAUCCCUUGCGGUUCACCCUCGAGCUUCACACACGCCUUGCCCUCCGCAGAUGGGUUCCCUCAAGUGGACGCACCCGCUCUACACGACGCACGCGCCGUCUUUGUUUCGUUGGCCACCAUGCUUCCGGACCAUCAUCUAAGCUGCGUUGCGGCUGUAAAUGAGCAAAACCCAGUCCUAUCAGCACGCGUGCAGUGCUUCCAUGACGACGGCGUCAACGUUUCCCGCACCUACGACCUCGCGGUCCCGGACCAAAGCGUUCAGGCGCUUUCUCACUUGGCCCUGGGGCCCUUUCAUCACAACGCCAGCACCAACCACACGGGCGAUCCCAACUCACUGCUGCUCAUUUCUUUUGCCAGCCUCACCUGGCGCGCCAUCAACUUUAGUCGCACUUCGGGCCAACCGUUGGACAUCAUGACCUUUGGCCUCGUGGCUGAGCAAGAGUUUGUUUACGUCCCGGGCUGCCCCUUGAUGAUGCUGGCCGGCAACCAGACGGGCUGUCGCGACGCCUUUUUGGUCGCGCGGGCUGUGGCCGGCUCCCAAUUGUUCCUCCUACAGGUGCAAUUUGCCCGAGCCUCAUCGCAAGUCACCGUGGUCCACAGCGUUGCAUUACCGCUGAAUGCCACCUUUUGCUCGGGGCAGAUGGUCCUGUUUGCUGAAACCCAGAUUGCUGUUCCCAUGGACACGGGAAUCGUCUUCAUUGAUACGCAAUGA